AUGGCUCUUCCUCGCGACUCCGAGCUGCUCCGAGGCCUCGUCCAGGAACUCCAGCUGAGCGGCGGAAGCGCCCCUGCCGGUGAACUACUCCUUCAGAACCGCCAGCUGCGGAAAUGGUUAGGUGAUCGAAGACUGUUGAAGUUCAUCGCGGGCCACCCGCAGGUGUUUCGUGUCGACAGCGCGGGCCACCAGCACACAAUCUUCCUGCAGCCGGACGCCAGCUGUAGUGUGCCUUGCAGCGCGACUCCUGAAGCGCAGGGUGGUCCGGCCACAGGCCGUGAGCCCUCCAAGGCCUGGCAGUGCAGCACCUGCCCGCAAGCCUUCGCCACGAGGAACCAGCUGUUUGCCCACCUCGCCGCUGAGCACGGCGUCGUGCGCACUAGCUGCCGCGAGGGGCCGCCGGCGGCAGAAGGUCGGACACGCGCAGUGGCGGAAGCCAAGGAUCUGCAGCGCGAGCUGGUUGCUGGGCUCCGCCACGUCAUGUCGUCUCGGGGCAGCGGGCGUGAACCCGUCCGGCUUGACUGGGUUGCCACGGUGCCUCGGACGCGGGCGGCGCUGACGCGGUGGCUGCGUGCCGAGAUCGCUGAAGGUGCGUCACUGCCGGCUCACGCCCCGAGGUCGGAAGCCUGGUGGAAAGUGGCGAUCCCUGCGCUGCUCCGCUUCCUUCAGGAGCGCUCAGAGAUCUUCGCCGUUGGGCGGCCCGGGGGCGACGAGGCCGAGCCAGGUGAUGGCAGAUUACGACGGACGCAGAUCGCGCUCACGGACGCAGCGUGGGAUGACGCGGCGCAGCUGGAGCUGGAGAGCCAGGAGUCGCUGAUCUCCCGUGUGGCUGUCGUGCUCAAGGCUCUGCAGGCCGACCCACAGAAGAAGUGCUUCUCCUCUCAACUGCUCUGCGAAGUGGCACAGGAUUCCGUUGUCCAGCGGUUGCUUCACGGCCGUUUGCUUGCGAGGGUGCUGGCCGAGGACGCGAGGUUUGAGCUGGAGGAAGAUGCCAAGCGCGGAAGAACCAUCCGCUUCUCUGGCGCGGGGAAGCCAACAGGUGGACCCGCAGGUGAGCCAAAUGCCCAUCCGAAGAUCGGACAUGGCCAGACGCCCAGCGAGCAGAAAAUCUCCGUUGAAGUGCUUGCGGUCAUGGAGCGGUAUGCCGCCGUCCUAGACAAGCCUGCGGGAAUCUCGACGGAGGACUUGAUUGAGGCGUACCAGGCGGAGAUUCAUGCUCGUGCCGGCGAGCAGAGCUAUAGAAUUCAGUCGGUGUCUCGUUUGGAUUUGCCCACUUCUGGAGCACUGGUCGUGCCGCUCUGCCAGGAAGCCGAAGAGGAGUUGAAGUCACGAUUUUCCUCGCGAGAGGUUGCGAAAACGUACCUGGCCCUGGCUGUCGGAGAUGUGGACCCGGAUCGAGGAACCAUCGAUGCAAAACUCCGCAGCGUUCAGACGGCUGACCGGCACCGCGCAGUAGUCCAUCCCUACGGAAAGCCGGCUGUCACCUUGUACCGGAAGCUCGCGUGCUUAGACGGGGACGUCCACAACAGCUGCUAUUCCCUGAUCCUGGCCCGGCCUCUCACCGGGCGCAUGCAUCAAAUCCGAGCUCACUUCGCCCAUAAAGGCUUCCCGCUGGCCGGGGACGUGCGCUACGCCCCCAAGAAGGAUGCCACGGCAUGGUGUGGUCGGCGCUUAUUCCUGCACGCUGCACAUCUGUCGCUAUUCGACGGACUGUCGGCUUUCUCUGCGCCGAAGGAUGACCUCCUGAAGCCUUUGAGAGAGGAGCUGAAGCUGCCAGCAGAUCUGCUACAGCAGCUGGCAGACCCGGAAGUUUACCAAAGAUGUGAUGUGGACAUGCUGCAAGUGCUGAGCGACUACUGGCCUGACGGCCUCCUCAUCACCAGAGCUUCAGGGGAAGCCCUCGUACACGUUGCAUCCUUCAGCGGUACUGCCUUCAGCAGCCGUAGAUCCCAGCAGCCGGGGAAGGACACGGACGAAAUCGAGUUCUCAGACUCUGAUUCUGACACGGACGUCGAGGCAUUGCUGGAAAAAGGUGGCCUGAAAGACUGGGACCCAAGCUCCAUGCCUCCGAUCCUGGCUGGGCCGCCCCGGGCCCCCCAGCCAGAGACUCCUCCGGAAGCGUUUGCGGAGGAGGCAGCUGCCGAAAGAGGGGACGGCGGAGAGGGUGUCACGGCAAACCUUGUGAGGGCGGGGACUGCCGUUGUGGAAGGGGGACGGUCGUAG